AUGGCGAUCGCGGCGCGCCGGCCGCCGCUCUGGGCCGCGGCCACCGCGUGCUUCGUGCUCGCGUCGACCUUUCUCGCGCUCACGUACGAGUCAUCGAUCGUGAUCCAUGCGCCGGCCGCGUACCUGCGUGUAGCGCCCCGCAGCGGCAGUGUGCACAUCCUCUUCAGCACGAGCUGCGACCAAGGCCAUCGCCGGCUUCUCUCGAGCACGUUCCAGCACUCGGCGACGCGCGUGCACCACCGCGGCCCGAUCACAGAGAUCAUCUCGGGCUGUUCGCUUGCGCAAGAGACAUCGAUCAAGCACGAGCCGGUGUUGUAUUACGACUACCAUCGGCACUUUGCGCCGUCGUUUAGCCCGCAUCCGGUGCCCAACGUCACGGACGACUACACGCCGUACAACAAGCCCUUUGGUUUGCGCCACUAUUUGCAGCACGCGCGGCCGCCAGCGAGCCUACGCGGCGACUUGCCCUUCGCGCUCUUCGACGCCGACUUUGUCUUGCUCGCGCCGCUGCAUGUCAACACGGGCGCCGACCUCUCGGCACACUACGUGGGCCAGCGUCCGGGUCCGGUGUACGAUACAGUGCGAGAUGGUGUCGCGAUCGCACACGACUGGGGCAACUACAUGGGCGCAGCCUGGUUCCGCGACGCGCUCCAUAGCACGCGGGACGAGCUCUGUGCAGGGCUGCCAUGCGCCGACGUGAGCGAAGCCGACGGGCUCGAGUUCUAUGGCCGCGCGGGCCCGCCGUACAUAAUGACCAAGUCGGACGGCGAGCGCUUCGUCAACGACUACUGCGACUUUGUGGUCCGUGCGCGCCAGAAAUUUCCGGACCAGUGGAUGGUCGAGAUGUACGCGUACUCGCUCGCGGCUGGCAACCAUGGCAUCAAGCACACGAUCGUCAACCACUUGGGCGGCAACUGGCCCGGUGGCGAGCCCUUGGAAGCGUGGGACUUUGCGCCCGCGAACAUGGCCAACCCGUGCGACGACGGCGACGUCGUGCUCCCUCCAACGGCGCCAACCGCGAUGCACUACUGCCAGCGCUUUGGUUUGCUCGAGGACCAAGACAAGGGCUAUCAUUUUUACAAGUAUUCGCUGCCGCACGACGUGAUGGACUGCAACGCGAUGCUCCUCUCGCUGCCGCCACCGAGUCAGUGGACCGACGUCAACCGUACGUACAGCGACGAGGGGAAGCGGCGCGUAAAGCGCCACGAGGUCUGGGCCGCGUGCUCGCUCGCCAAGAUCAUGAACGACGCCAUUGUGCAUGCCAAGGCGAAGGGCUGUCUGCACGGCUACAACGCGUACGAAGGGCUGCCCAUGAACGAGACGCCAGCCCGCGACAGCGCGUACCCGCGCAAAGCGACGCCGGCCAAAAAGUAG